AUGGCCGGUGUCCUAGAUGCUUUGGCGUCCUACAUCCAAAACAUGCUCAUGCAGAUGGCGGCAGAUGAGGUGCAUAUGUUGCUUGGAGUGUCCGGUGAGAUUGAUAACAUGGACAUCAAGCUUCGGGAUCUGAAGAACAUCCUUGCUGAUGCUGAUAGGAGGAACAUCACAGACCAAAGUGUCCAAGCAUGGGGGAUAGAGCUAAGGAAUGCUAUGUAUGAUGCCACUGACAUCCUCGACCUGUGCCAGCUCAAGGCCAUGGAGCGAGGCCAAAGGCAUGAUGCCGGAUGCUUCAACCCGUUGCUCUUCUGCAUACGGAAUCCCCUACAUGCCCACGACAUUGGAAGCCGCAUCAAGAACCUUAACAAGAAGCUAGAUGACAUCAAGGCACGUGGUGCAUCAUUCAACUUCAUGAACCUUGGUACUUAUGAGGACCGUGGAAGAAACGUGGUAUCAUAUCCUUCUGGUACCCGUGAGACGUCAGGGGGGCUUGACGAAUCUGGUUUGGUUGGUGAGAAGAUCGAAGAGGACACAACAAAUCUAGUAGAGAUGCUAACAAAGAAGUAUCCAACUGAUGACGACAAAUCCAAUAAAAUAAUCAUUUUCUCUAUUGUGGGAAUUGGUGGGAUUGGUAAAACCACCCUUGCUCAAAAGAUCUUCAACAGUGAAGUCAUAAAACAUGAGUUCACGAAGAAAAUAUGGUUGAGUGUCAACCAAGACUUCAACAAUACUGAAAUGUUAAGGAGAGUUAUUAUCGAAGCUGGUGGAAACCACCAUGCUUGUGGAAAUUAG